UCUUUCGCCGGGUGCGGGUUGCUUCGAUAUUCUAUCAGUGUUUCUGGGUAGAAAUGCUGUGGGAACGUGAGGAAAUGACUUUCGCUUCGGCGCGAUGGAAUCGAGCUAUACAACAACUCGUUUCUUCUUGGCUGGGUUGGGCUGCCAUUGUCACGUUGUUGCAGGUAGUAUUCAAGGCCAGCCACAUCACGAAUGAUCGUUGCUGUUUUUAUUUGCAUCGCUUUUUUCCUUUUUUUUCCCCUUCUUUUUUUUUGGCUAGUCGAGGCUUAAAUACGUCCUCGUCUGCUGCAUUUUUUUCGCUAAGGCCUCUUGAUAAAAAGGAAACAAUAUUUUCCCUGUUCAUCUUCCUCUCUUCUGCCUUUACUUCAGUUAAUUCUAUUGUUUUUCUGUCGUCGUUCCUAUUUGUAGCUACAAACUCUAUCAUAAAGUCCGUGUUUUUUUUUCUCCCUUAUUUUUCUUUGUCAUGCAUAUUUUUCAGAUAUUCCAAAUAGAAAAGUCGACACUGAAGUGUCCAAACUGUAGAAUGUCAAGCUUUUCACUUUCGGCUCUACUUUCACUAUGAAAUUUGGUAAAACAGCAGUUAAGAGAGCUCGCCAGUGAAAGCGACGUGAACAAAACGAACGAACCUCGACCCAAUUAAAAAUUCAAACGCCCGCUCCGCUUUCUCUUCUGCAACAAAAUAGCUUGUUCCAGUUUCAAUUUAUGACACCACCAGAAACCUAAUUUUAUUUUACCUACAAGAACAUGUCAAUUGCAGAAGAAAACGUUCAAGUAGUAACCUAAAAAACAAAAUCAUUUUUGGCAGUAUUAUGGUUAAGGUCCAUCACGAUAAAUGAAGCUCCACGGCAUCCAAUCAUGCUUCACAUUUCAUAAGCCAUCAUUCGUUUGUUUGUUUUGUUUGAAUUUGAUUUUUUUUUUUUUUCAUUUGAAAAUGUGCCCUUGGUUGAACUAGUUUUUUAAAUAUUUUAUUAUAACAUAUAAUUUUUAAUGAAAACAUUACUUUAGAAUCGGCAUAAUUAUCUAUUCGCCACUGUCGAAAGGAAAAGGAUCUUUCCGAGGAAUUUUGCCAUUAUGAACAUUUUUUUAAAGAGGAAGGUCAGGUAUAUGCUGCGAUGGACUUUCACUUUUCAAAAGCGCCGGAGCAAGCCGACUGAUAUAAACAACUCCUGCCACAAAUCUUUCCCCAUACCUUUCUUUCUUGCGCUUUCCUUUGAAAGUGUCUAGCAGGUACCGUCUGCUAUGUCAUGGGAAUUGUGUAUUUUUAAAUGCAGCCCACUAGUUUCGAACGUCUUACUAGCUUCACUGCAAUCAAGUAUCAACGAAAAGGAACUUUUGCAUGAUAAAAUUCGUUAAUCUUUCAUCAAAUCAGACUAGGGUGAAUGCUCAAGCACAACAAAUAAAAAAGAAAUUAGAAACAAAAGUUAAAACUUUGUGAUGGAAAGGCGUGAGAACGUCGUGAAAAAAACGUCGCAGGCGUCUGGAAUAAGUUCCUCUGUGUGUACGCACGCAUUAUAGCGAAUCAGCGAACACACAUUCGUCUCUCUUUUUACCUUCUUGCUUCUUCUCCCCGUGCAGCCCGUUCUUUUCACUGUUCUUUUUUUGUUCUGCCAUUCUUCCCUCCUACCGAAGAAAAGAAUAGAAAAGAAAAGAAUGGGGAAAAAAAAACGACCUCUCUCUCUCUCUCUCUCUGUCUCUCUCAGUCCCUCCUACCCUCCCUCACACGGCCUCCCCGAUUCACUUUCACUUUCUAAGCUUUUUUGAACGCGAGUCGGUGGACAGAGUGAGAGGCACGUUUGUUGUCGGACGCACUGUUCAAUCCUAUGCGUGGUAUGCAUCGUGUUCGUGUGUGUGUGCGCGCGCCAGUUAACGCGCUUUCAUCUUCAACUAGAAAGUGAAUCACUACUUGACGGAUUUCCCUCAUAUUUUCCAUUGGAUACUUUUUUUCGUCACGUUUGCCUGCGUUUUAGCAUCUGGUUAUCUUGCGUCCACUUACUUAGUUUUGCCCACCGAUUUGUGCACCAUGGGAGCCGCAACGAUCUGUGGAACAAAUCGCCAUCACGUGUCCCUUGGAUGGGUUCGCCAUGACGAGGCCUUAACCAAAAUGGCAGCUGCUUGCUGGGCACGUGACCGUUUCACCGAUGUCGUCAUCUUUUGCGAAGACCGCGUUUUGCAUGCUCAUCGACUUGUUUUGGCGAGCAUGAGUCCAUUGCUGGCCAACUUGCUGGCUGAAGCCGAAGGCCCCGACACAACACUGCUGCUUCCAGAAGUCAAAGCAGAAGACAUGAGACUCCUGCUGCAAUUCAUCUACCAGGGCGAGGUCGUCCUUCCGCCGAGACGGACUGCAGCUCUACUGGAUUUGGCUGCUCAACUGUGCGUAGCCGGAGUACGUGGAGGGAAUGGUCCUACCCCUCCGUCGCCGCCUCGCUCCGACUCGCCCGAGUUGGAUUCGAGCGAUCGAAAUGAAUCCGACCAUGUGUCCGAAGACGAACAUCCUGACGAAUCCCGCAAAGAUGUAUUCAACACCUGUCAUAGGGAUGCCGAGGUCGGUCCAACAGCGUUCUCAGAAAAUAACACCAUCGCCGAUGAAAACCUUCCUCGAGUAGAGACUGGUAAAGAUGACUCCACUGAUGAAUCCAACGAUAGACCAAUGAAUCUCGCAGCUAAACCAGAGACGAAAACCGAAAACGUCAAUUGUACUCGUCCCAAGCCUUGCAAUUCGAGCCCACCUGAUUUCAGCGCCUUCUCCAAUCAUUCGUUUAGGGAUCGUGGCCCACUUGUGACACGACUUUCUGAGCCUCGCGCCUCGACCGUCAGUUAUUAUCAACACCCGGCCCUGCGAGGAUGCCAUCCGUUUUCACUGGAGUUGGCUGUCAAUCAUAACCGUAAUCUCAGUAGUCGCAUUGCCGAUGCAAACCAAUACAACCGACAAAACAACUCGGGGAAAUCGGAUAGCUCAGCAAAUUCAGAUGUCGAAAUGACUAUUGACACAUUAGACGACCGUGAUCGCGAAAUUGAUCUAAGUCUCAAGCCGGACUCGAACCACACCAGAUCCAGAUCAAGUCUCGAUGAAGAAAAGAUUUCUACGUCUCCGGAACACGACAAUAGUUUCGAAAGCAGUGAAUCCGUCGAACCACAUCAAGGCAGAGAAGGGCUUUCGUUACAACAAAGCGGUGCAUCGUCGGGAGUGUCCGACAUGCGGAUGAAUCUUGCGGAUAAAAUGCUUCUCCUACCAGCCAUUGGAUCUGGAACUGGAACAAACCCAGAUCCUCGUCGCACUUAUCUGGAAGCCGUUCUUCAAGAAAGCCUUGUUCAGCAGAGUUACACAAUAGUUUUGCCAUCUCACUUGGGCGUACCAAAUGCCUUGGCGAGUUCCGAACGCCCUGGAACUCAGACACAUCCCUCGUCACAUGGAGGGGCUACCCUAGACAAUAAAGCGUGGAACUUAGCCGGUAAACACAGCGCAGCAGCCGCGGUUGCUGAGCUUCAAUGCCUGCAAGGUUUUUUCAAUUCACAUGGAGGAUUGAGUAUGGGCAACCACAGUGAUGCAAGCUUUAACCGCAAUUCAAUUGGUGUGCGCUGUGAGGACGACGAAGAAGAUGAGGACGACGACGAAGAUAUGCCAACAAAUUUGAGCACCAGCAAAAAUGGCAACUGCAGCAGUUCAAAUAGCAUGAGCUCCAAACGUAAUGGGAAAGAGGGUUAUAGCUGCCAAGUGUGUCGAAAAAUGUUUACAUCUUCUAGUAAUUUGGCCGUCCAUUCUAUGAUUCAUUCGGGAACGAAACCUUUCAAAUGUGACCUCUGUUCGUGGUCAUUUCGUCAAAAGGCUCAUUUACAAAAACACAUGCGGCAUAUUCAUAAGAUUAUAGUAGCCAAAUAACGGAGUGACGUUGCAACAAAUGACAAAAUACAAAUAAUGGAGCUUGGACGAUUCCACUCGGCAAACUCUGUUAAACUGGUCUCACGCAACGAUAGAUCUGCGGCAAAUUCCUCUUUUCCCGAAUGAAAGCACUUUCAAAUGGCUGUAUAUACUCGUUCUACAUAAACUGUAUAGCUAUUCUUUCGCCAAGGUUGAUCUAAGCUUACGGUCUCCAACUAAAGUGAAAUAUGCUUUGUACAUAGCGGCGGAGUAUUUUUGGUUUGGGGACAUCAACGUAGAAUAUUAAUGUCGUGCUUUUCAACCCUAUUUAGGGUUUGGUAAUGCCUUCCAGUCUUGUUUCUAAGCUAGUUUGUUCAGUUUAAUCUUGACCUCCCUUCAAAGGUUUUAGGUUAUGGAGCUAAAUUAGAUUCGCCGUCUCAGAAAAAGUUUAUACGUCUUUUUGUUUAUUUUUUUUUAUUAUUAUUAUGUUGACUUCGUUCAAUGUUCCUCCAUCUAUGCAUUCUUAUGUUUUUCAUCUAAAAAAACAAACAAAACAAACGAAUCAAUAAAAAAAAAAAUAUAAAAAUGAAA